CAUCCUCUGCUAUACACUACUCCCCCGGUGCCGCUGUCCAACUGGUUACAUCGACCUUGACAGCGCGCGGCGCGGAGGAACUUUACUGGGUAUCAGCGGGGGGUGUGUGGAUGCGCGUGUGAGUGUGCGCGUGCAGCGGAUCCGUUGGAGCUCCUUCUUCCAACAAGGAUUCGAGGGAAAAUAAAAAAGUCUGUGACCGCGCGCAACGCAGCCAGCGACAGGGAGGCUGAAGUUUGAAGAAGAGGAGGAGGAGGACGAGGAGGAGGAGGAGCAGGAGGAAAAACGCAGCAUCUCAAGGACGCAGGAGGAAGAGUCGAUGGAAAAGUAUGAGGAGCCGCUGGUCGUCUUACAGGUGCACCGAGAGACCGGAGCCGGGGUUUGGACCUAGCCUGGAUUCAUCUGCCUGAGCUGCGGUCAGAACCCCCCCCACGCCUGCUCCCGCACUUGGAGGAGAAUACCCCCGUGUCUCGUGGAGCCCGUAGAACUGGAGUGCCGUUGAGCAAACGCAGAGUUUGAAUCUCUCUGCUCGCGUGAGGCUGCUUGUUUUAUCUCAUUUUUCCUUUUGCGCGCUCUGAGCUCGGUGCGCUCUGCCCGGCGCGAGUGGCAAGUCCCCCCCCCCUCCUGGACGAGAGAGACCCAGCAGGAGGCGGUUCGGCGGCGGAGCCACACGGGAAAUCGGGGGCACAUCGGCGGCAGCGUGCCUCAGGCUCACCGGGCACUUGUUGUCCACCCUGCACGGUUUGGAACCAUGUUCGAGGACCCGUGGAGCGGAUCGAUGCGGCGCGCCACAUGGAUUUUAUCCCUUUCCUUCCUCGUCCACUUUACGCAAGCACAAGAUGACGUGCCUCCCUACUUCAAGACGGAGCCGGUGCGCAGUCAGCUCCAUCUGGAACGCAACAGGCUGGUGCUGACCUGCAUGGCCGAGGGCAGCUGGCCACUGGAGUUCAAAUGGAUCCACAACAGCACAGAGUUGACUCGCUUCUCACUGGAGUACAGCCCCCCCCCCUGCCUGUCUUCAUGUACUGUGGAAAACCCUGGUGACACCACCGGGCUGUCCAUCAAGGCGGCUCGGUUCAGACUCCUUGUGACUGUGGCCUCUUCUUUGCAGUCCUUUUUUCUUACUCUGUGCUUUUCUGAUCAUGUGUGUGUGUGUCUGUGUGUGUGUGUUCUGUUUGUGUGUCCUCCUGCAGUCAUGGGCAGCUUUGAGGAAGGUGAACGCGCCCAGUCGGUGUCUCAGGGAGAGGGCGCCGUCGUCCAGGCCCCACGCAUCCGCAGCUUCCCCCAGCCACUCACCUGGUUCCGAGACGGGAGGAAGAUCCCCCCAGCAGCCAGAAUCGCCAUUACUCUGGACAACACGCUGGUCAUCCUGUCCACGGUGGCCCCGGACGCCGGGCGCUACUACGUGCAGGCCGUGAACGACAAGAACGGAGAGAACAAGACCAGCCAGCCAAUCACCUUGUCCGUAGAGAAUGUGGGAGGUCCAGCCGACCCCAUCGCCCCCACCAUCAUCAUCCCACCCAGGAACACGAGUGUGGUCACAGGCACCUCGGAGGUCACCAUGGAGUGCGUGGCCAACGCCAGGCCUCUUAUCAAGAUGAGCAUCUCCUGGCGUAAGAACGGCGUGCUGGUGAGCUCCGGCCUGAGCGACUUCAACCGGCGGCUGACCGUCCUCAGCCCCGUGGUGAGCGACUCCGGCUUGUACGAGUGCGAGGCCGUGCUCCGCAGCAGCAGCGUGCCGUCGGUGAGCGCCGGGGCUUACCUGCACGUACAGGAGCCACCGCAGUUCAUCAAAGAGCCAGAGAAGCACAUCACAGCCGAGAUGGAGAAGGUGGUGGACAUUCCCUGCCAGGCCCGGGGAGUGCCGCAGCCGGACAUCGUGUGGUACAAGGACGCUCUGCCCAUCGACCCGGUGAAGACGCCCCGGUACAGGGUGCUGGUGGGGGGCAGCCUGCAGGUCAACGGCCUCCUGCCCGAUGACACCGGGAUGUUCCAGUGCUUCGCCAGAAACAUGGCGGGAGAGGUUCAGACCAACACGUACCUGGCUGUCACCAGCAUCGCCCCGAACAUCACAGCCGGACCCUCCGACAGCACGGUGAUCGACGGCAUGUCAGUCAUCCUGCACUGCGAGACCUCCGGCGCUCCGAGGCCGGCUAUCACCUGGCAGAAAGGUGAGAGGGUGUUGGCCAGCGGCUCGGUGCAGCUGCCCCGGUUCACCCUGCUGGAGUCCGGCAGCCUCCUCAUCUCCCCCUCGCACAUCUCGGACGCCGGCACCUACACCUGCAUGGCGAGCAUCCGGGGCAUCGACGAGGCGUCCGCGGACCUCGUGGUCUGGGCUCGCACCCGGAUCACCACCCCCCCACAGGACCAGAGUGUCAUCAAGGGAACUAAAGCCGUCAUGACGUGUGGAGUGACACAUGACCCCAGUGUCACUGUCAGGCACAUCUGGGACAAAGAGGGCGUGGUCAUCAACGUCCAGUCCAUCCCCCGCAUGCGCCUGGAGGUGGACGGGACCCUGCACAUCUCCCAGACCUGGUCCGGUGACAUCGGCACGUACACCUGCCGAGUCACCUCCGUCGGCGGCAACGACUCCCGGAGCGCUCACCUCCGCGUCAGGCAGCUGCCCCACGCCCCGGAGAACCCCACAGCCCUGCUGAGCAAGUCGGAGAAGAGAGCCAUCGACCUGGCCUGGGCCAAACCCUUCGACGGCAACAGUCCCCUCAUCCGCUACAUCCUGGAGGUUUCUGAGAACAAUGCGCCCUGGGCCAUCCUGCUGGCCAACAUCGAGCCAGAGUCCAAGGCGGUGACGGUCAAUGGUUUGAUCCCCGCCCGCUCCUAUCAGUUCCGCCUCUGCGCCGUUAAUGACGUGGGGAAGGGGCAGUUCAGCAAGGAGACCGAGCGUGUUGCUCUGCCAGAGGAGUCCCCCAGUGCUCCCCCUCAGAAUGUCAUUGCCAGUGGUCGGACCAACCAGUCCAUCAUGAUCCAGUGGCAGCCGCCGCCAGAGAGCCACCAGAACGGCAUCCUCAGGGGAUACACCGUCCGGUACCGCCUCACCGGGCUGCCCGUGGACUACCAGAUCAAGAACAUCACCAGCCCGGAGGUGACCAACCUGCUGCUGGAGGACCUCAUCAUCUGGACCAACUACGAGAUCGAGGUGGCCGCCUACAACGGGGCCGGUUUGGGCAUUUUCAGCCACAAGGUCACAGAGUGGACGCUGCAGGGAGUGCCCACCAUCGCCCCCGGGAACGUGCAGGCCGAGCCGGUGAACUCCACGACCAUCCGGUUCACCUGGAUGGCCCCCAACCCCCAGUUCAUCAACGGCAUCAACCAGGGCUACAAGUUGCUGGCCUGGGAGCCCGGCCGAGACGGGCACGUGUCGAUGGUCACGGUGAGACCGAACUUCCAGGACAGCGUCCACGUGGGCUACGUGACGGGUCUGAAGAAGUUCACCGAGUAUCACACCUCGGCGCUGUGCUUCACCACGCCGGGCGACGGCCCCCCCAGCCCCCCCAAAGCCUCGAGGACACACGAGGACACUCCCGGCGCCGUGGGUCACCUGAGUUUCACUGAGAUCCUGGACACGUCCCUCAAGGUCAGCUGGAGCGUGCCCGUGGAGAAGAAUGGCGUCCUCACAGGUUACCGCAUAUCGUGGGAGGAGUUCAACCGGACCAACACCAGGGUCACCCACUACCUGCCCAACGUCACCCUGGAGUACAGGGUCACCGGGCUCACCGCGCUCACCACCUACACCAUCGAGGUGGCCGGCAUGACGUCCAAGGGCCAGGGUCAGCUGUCGUCCUCCACCAUCUCCUCCGGCGUCCCACCAGAGCUUCCCGGCCCCCCCACCAACAUGGCGAUCUCCAACAUAGGCCCGCGCUCCGUCACCCUGCAGUUCAAACCCGGGUACGACGGCAAGACGUCCAUUUCCCGUUGGCAGGUGGAGGCUCAGGUCGGAGUGGUCGGGGAGAACGAGGACUGGGUGACGGUCCACCAGGUGUCCAACGAGCCCGAGGCCCGCUCCUUAGAAGUGCCGGGACUCAACCCCUACACCUUCUACAGGUUCCGGAUGCGUCAGGUGAACAUAGUGGGAACCAGUCCUCCCAGUCAGCCCUCCAGAAGGAUCCAGACGCUGCCGGCUCCUCCUGACAUGGCCCCGGCCAACGUCACCCUGCGCACCGCCAGCGAGACCAGCCUCUGGUUGCGAUGGAUGCCUCUACCUGAAUGGGAAUACAACGGGAACGCGGAGCAGGUGGGCUACAGGGUCCAGUACUCGCGGGCCGGGUCACUGGGCCGAGCGCUGAUCCACAUCAUCGGAGAUCGGCUGGAGAGGGAGUUCACCAUCGAGGACCUGGAGGAGUGGACGGAGUACGAGGUCCGGGUCCAGGUCGUGAACGGCAUCGGGACGGGACCCUGGAGCCAGCCGGUCAAAGGCAGAACCAGAGAGUCUGUCCCGUCCUGUGGACCCACCAACGUGUCGGCCUUCGCCACCACCUCCAGCAGCAUCCUGGUGCGCUGGUUCGAAGUCCCUGAGCCGGACAGGAACGGCCUCAUCCUGGGCUACAAGGUGGUGUACAAGGAGAAGGACUCGGACAGCGCCGUCCACUUCUGGACCGUGGAGGGGAACGCCACGCACAGCGUCCAGCUCACCGGCCUGGGGAAGUACGUGCUCUACGAGAUCCAGGUCCAGGCCUUCACGCGGAUCGGAGACGGACGGCCCAGCUCGCCGCACAUCCUGGAGAGGACUUUGGACGACGUCCCCGGACCUCCGGUGGGGAUCCUGUUCCCUGAAGUGAGGACCACCUCAGUCCGGCUCAUCUGGCAGUCCCCCUCGCAGCCCAACGGCAUCAUACUGGCGUACCAGAUCACCUACCACCUCAACUCCACCAGCGGCAACACGGCCACGGUGGACGUGCUGAGCCCGAGCGCUCGCCAGUACACGGUGACCAACCUGAAGCCCGAGUCCAUCUACGUGUUCCGCAUCACGGCGCAGACCAGGAAGGGCUGGGGCGAGGCGGCCGAGGCCCUGGUGGUCACCACCGAGAAGAGAGCUCGACCACAGCCCACCAGUCUUCCCAUGGUCCCCCAGAAGGACGUCCAGGCCCGACAGGUGCUGUUGUCCUGGGAGCCGGGCAGCGACGGCCUGUCCCCCGUGCGUUACUACACAGUUCAGCUUCGAGAGCUUCCCGAGAGCAACUGGACCGUCCACUCGGCCUCCGUCAACCACGAGGCGUCCUCCUACAUCGUGUCCAGGCUGAAGCCCUUUACGUCCUACCAGUUCAGAGUGAAAUCCACCAAUGACAUCGGAGACAGCGAGUACAGCGAGGAGAGUGAGGCCAUCACGACUCUGCAGGACGCGCCCGACGAGCCGCCGGCCAUCCUCUCGGUGACGCCACACACCACCACGUCAGUGCUGAUCCGCUGGCAGCGCCCCUCUGAGGAGAAGAUCAACGGGAUCCUACUCGGCUUUCGGAUUCGCUAUCGUGAGCUGCUGUACGACCGCCUGAGGAGUUACUCCGCCCACGCCAUCAGCAGCAUGUCCAGCUGGGCGGAGCUUACCGCCCCCUACAGCAUCCGGAACCUGAGUGAUUCAACCCUGGUCCAGUACGAGUUGGACAAGCUGAGUAAACACAAGCGCUACGAGAUACGCAUGAGUGUAUACAACGCCGUGGGCGAGGGGCCAACCAGCCCCCCCCAGGAGGUGUUUGUGGGAGAAGCAGUGCCGACAGCCCCGCCCCAGAACGUGGUCAUCCAAUCCGCGACAGCCACCCAGCUGGACCUGACGUGGGACCCCCCCCCUGUGGACGCACAGAACGGAGACAUCCAGGGCUACAAGGUUUACUUCUGGGAGUUCCAGCGCAAGAACGAGACGGAGCGGCUGCGGACUCUGUUCAUGCCCGAGGGAGGAGUGAAGCUGAAGAACCUGACGGGUUACACCACCUACAUGAUCAGCGUGGCCCCCUUCAAUGCAGCCGGGGACGGGCCCCGCAGCGCGCCGACCAGGGGACGCACUCAGCAAGCAGCUCCCAGUGCUCCCAGCUUCAUCCACUUCAGUGAGCUGACCACCACCUCGGUCAACGUGUCCUGGGGCGAUCCCACCUUCCCUAACGGCAUCAUCGAGGGCUACCGCCUGAUCUACGAGCCCUGCACCCCCGUCGAUGGCGUCAGUAAGACAGUGACGGUGGACGUGAAGGGGAGCGGGCCCCUCUGGCUGAAGCUCCGGGACCUGGCCGACGGCAUCACGUACAACUUCCGCAUCCGGGCCAAGACCUUCAUCUACGGGCCAGAGGUGGAGGCCAACAUCACCACGGGUCCCGGAGAAGGAGCUCCUGGGCCACCUGGAGAACCCUUUAUCACACGCUAUGGUUCAGCCCUGACCAUCCACUGGACCGGCGGGGACCCGGGACGCUCUCCCAUCUCACGCUACGUCAUCGAGGCCAGACCUUCAGAUGAAGGAUUGUGGGAUAUCUUAAUAAAGGACAUCCCUAAGGAGGCGACAUUGCACACAUUCAACAUGGACCUCCUGAAGCAAGGGGUCAGUUACGACUUCCGGGUAAUCGGAGUGAACGACUAUGGCUACGGCGCUCCAAGUCUGCCCUCCCCGUCUAUAUCCGCACAAAAAGUGGCGCCGUUCUACGAGGAGUGGUGGUUCCUGGUGGUGGUGGCGCUGGUGGGGCUCAUCUUCAUCCUGCUGCUCGUCUUCAUCCUCAUUAUCCGGGGCCAGAGCAAGAAGUACGCCAAAAAGUCUGAAUCCGGAAACAACUCCAACUGCAACGCCCUGACCCACGGAGACAUGGUGAGCCUGGACGAGGGACGCUUCCCGGCUCUGGAGCUCAACAACCGGCGGCUCUCCGUGAAGAACUCCUUCUGCCGGAAGAACGGCGUCUACACCAGGUCUCCUCCCAGGCCCAGUCCAGGCAGUCUCAACUACUCGGACGAGGACGUCAGCACAAAGUACAACGACCUGAUCCCUGCAGAGAGCAGCAGCCUGACGGAGAAGCCCUCUGAGAUCUCUGACUCACAGGGCAGCGACAGCGAGUACGAGGUGGACCCCAACCGACAGAAGACCCACUCCUUUGUCAACCACUACAUCAGCGACCCCACCUACUACAACUCCUGGCGCCGCCAGCAGAAAGGCAUAUCCCGGGCGCAGGCCUACAGCUACACCGAGUCCGAGUCAGGCGACCCGGACCACUGCGCCCCACCCCCGCUGCCUCCUCUACCUCCGCUGCCGCCCCAGAUCAGUUCACCCAGCCCCCAGCCCCAGCAGGCCCAGGGCCAGCCCCAGGGUCAGCCCCAGGGUCAGCCCCAGGGUCAGCCCCAGGGCCAGCCCCAGGGCCAGGGCAGCCUGUUUAGGCCCAAAGGUAGCCGGACUCCCACCCCCUCCCUGCAGAGCUCCAACCCCCCCAGCGCACACAGCACCCUCUACAGGCCACCGAGCAGUCUAGCACCGGGAUCGCGGGCCCCAAUUGCCGGCUUCUCCUCCUUUGUGUAAAAAAAGAAAAAUGCUGAAAGGGACAAGAAAAUUUCUGGAAAUAUCUCAACCCAACUUGUGUUGAAGGAGAACAUUGCAUUGCCCGACGCGCAGUCAACCCGAUCAAGUCUUCUGUCUUUCCUUGUUUUCAUUGCUUCUCUUUGUCGUAUGUUUUCUGACUCAGCCUGGAUCGACACUAUGAGACCUUGACCUUUAGCACUUCUUUUGUCUGAUGAGUGUACGUGUGCUAAUGUAGACUUCGAUUUUCUUUCACCGGUUGAUACAAAUAAGACUAAUUCACUUUUUAAUUGGCUAGUUGAACUAUUUGCAUGACUUUUUUCUUACAUUUAUUUCCUACUCUUUUGUUACUUUUGUUGGAGCACAUUCAAAUGGUCACGUGUCUGAUUAUGUACAAAGCCACAAGAAUCUCUGAACACACACAUGCGUAUAAAUAUACAUAUAUAUAGUAGAUGUACCUAGAAGACAAAAUCAUGCCAAUGCUACGGAUGCACUGAUGGAGACUGAGGAUGAAGGAGGAGCCAGUGUUUGUGAAGCGAAAGGACAAACGUUUGUUUGGAAGGCCUGGAUGUAAAAACAAAGAAUAAAGCGGAGGACAGAAAGGGCGGACGUGGAUGUGGGAUUAAUGCCAAAUCAAACAUAUUUUAACGUGUUGGCUGGAAGAGUUUAAAGUGGACAUUGGAGAUGCAACCUCAAUGGAAACGGCUCUCUGGCCGUUAGCACACAUACGUAGAAAAGCAGGACACCACUCGGCCACGGCGGGUCGAAUGUGACUGCUGUGCCUGGAAGGUCCUGCGGAUAUAUGAAAUGAGUGUAUAUCUGUUGAAGUGAUUUAGUCUUUAAGUCUUUUUUUUUUUUGGUGAGUGUAUUACAGUGAAUCAAAGAUGCCUUGAUAGAGAAAUGCUUAUUUAUGAUAUCUGGCACCUGAUUAUGCUCACGGUGCCCCCCCCCCCCCCCCCGGACUGUGGCAUCGUGAUUGGCUGGCCUCGUAACUACAAGAGCCAAUCUUUCAAUCCGGACAGAUGUGGGGCCGUGAAUUUGUUUGCAUACACAACCCAUAGGUUUUUUGUUUUUCUGCACACUUUGCUGGCUCUCGUAUUAACACACACACACAAUGUCUCAUUCUGCACAUGUCUACUGAGAACGCUUUGAAAUGUCCAAAACUCUCUGCAGCAGUAUGGGACUGUUACAUGUGGGCGCUGUUGCUUGUCCCGCUCGACUGUGAGCAGAGGGAUUCUGAAGAGGAUGUUUCCCCCCCACCCCCCCGGCUGGUCGAACUCUCGCCUGUCACGGAUCACUAUAUCGAGAGAUGAUGUCACCUCUUUCCCUUUUUUUGUGUAAUCAACUGCUCUGUACUAUUCAGGUGUGGCUGUGCCGUCCCAAAUGCUUAUGAGUAUGUGUGUGUCUGUGUGUGUGUGUGAUGACAGAUCAUUCACCGUGUCUGGUUGUAAAGACUUUGUCCUGCAGCAACUGUAAACCUGCCUGGAGCGAGGCCACAGAGGGUCGGCACCGUCCAGCCGCCUGCCACGCGCGCUCGUACCGCUAUAGUGACGACUCAGUGGUGUGUGUGUUCCCAGUUUACCAUGGUUUUAAAAGAAAAAAAAAGAAGUAAAAAUUCAUCUGCUUAUAUUUUUUAUUUUUUCUCUCUGUGGGGUGAUUUCAUUGUACGCAACAAACGCUUAUCAUGCAGAAUCUGAAUGAAUAUAUGAUCACAGUACAUUUCUGAAAUAAAUUAUUUUUCAAUGUUA